AUGCCCCACGUCCUCAUAAUCCUCACCUCGCAGGGCUUCAUCCCCGCCACCCGCCAGAAAACAGGCUGGCACCUGGUCCGUCCCCCCCCUCCUCUUCCCCAACCGUUUCACCACUCACAAUGUGCAACUCCCCAGUCCGAACUCGCCCACCCAUACUCAAUCCUCGAACACAAAGUCAACCUCACCAUCGCCUCCCCGCAAGGCGGCGAAGCACCCCUCGACCCAGCCUCCACGAAACUCGCCUCAGACGAAGCCGACACGACGAGCACGACCUUUCUGACCCAGCACCGGGAGGUCUGGACGCACACGUACAAGAUCAGGGAGAUGGUUGCCCGUGCGGGCGAGUUCGAUGCGGUGUUCUAUGUGGGUGGGUGCGGGGCGAUGUUCGAUCUCAUAACGGACGCGGCCUCGCUUGCGCUGAUACAGACUGUCGCGGCGGCGGGGAAGCCCGUUGCGGCGGUGAGCCAUGGGCCUGCGGCGCUGCUGAAUGCGACGGCGCCGUCGGGGGUACCUUUGCUUGCUGGAGCGCGGGUGACGGGGUUCUCGAAGGAGGAGGAGGAUGCGGCGGGGAUGGCGGCUGUUGUGCCGUUUCAGUUGGACACGGAGCUGGAGCGGGUAUCUGGGGGGGGAUAUGUCAAGGCGGACCGAUCUGGGGCGGAGAAGGUGGUUGUGUCUAAGACGGCCGGGUUGCAGUCGCCGCUGAUUACGGGGCAGAAUCCGGCCAGUGCGGCUGGGGUGGCUAGGGAGAUUCUGAGGGUGUUGGGGUGCGAUUGA